CAGUCCUCGGACAAGAGGGAGAAGAAAUAGAUGCAGUUGGGAACAAAAGGAGUUUGUUGGGAGCAGUCUUGGGGUGGUGGAUGGAAGGACAGAUAAACAGACAGGCAUUCAGGGAGUCAGAGAGAAGAUUGCCAAGCGCCGAUGUCUUUACGUGGAACUCAGCUUCUCAGAUCUCUUCAUCUAAGGACAGGCCCAAUCAGAGCUUCCUUCGCAGGUGCAGGCUACCAUAGCAAAAGCAGGACUUUGCAGGAGGUGCUUCGUAUCAACUCCUAACAAAACUGAGAAUGCCACAUGGCAGCCACAUCUCUCAGCCUUCCAUGGCGCCUCCACGGCCCCUGACUUCAUACGAGCGUGGGAGGGAUCUGUGCACCUUUGUGUCAACAGCAGCAUCCCACGUCAUGCGCACCUUGCAGAGACCCUGCAGGAGCCGGCCCGGCAAGAGGAAAGUGAACCACCGGAGGUUCCUACAGAACCAGAUUUGCAGGAGUUUCUCAGACAUUGAGGCUGCUACUCGCCGCUUGGCCUCCUCCAUCCUUUCCCAGGAGGCUCAGACACCCCCUGCAGCAUCUCAGCAAAUGAAUCCCCCCAAGCCCAACAACCCACCCCCCGCCCGGGCUCCUCCUGGCUCCUUUUUGGGCACAGCAGAAGCGUUUGUGGCUCCCGACCCCAGCCCCAGCUGGGCGCUCUCCCUUGACGCCCUGAUGUCAGGACCAGAUGAACUUUUCGAGCCCAUCACUGAGGAGAUGGAGCCGGCAAGCAACACCUUGUCUCUGUGUGGCCCCGAUCCCUUAGAGUCGUGCCUGCUGGGAUGUAAUAAUGCGCCACCCGGCCUGCCGUCCAACGGAGAAGGUUCUGCAGCCUGUGGAGCUUGCCUAGUAGCUGCAGACCAGUGCUUUCCGGGGGCAUCUCAAUGCCCCAUCCCUGCCUCCAACCCAGGGGCUCUGGUGGUUUCUGACUAUGACAACUGCGUGCCCUUCUGGGAGCUGGAAACAUGGUGACUUGACCUCCAGCUUUAACAUCCAUCUCAAUGUCCUGUGUGGUCCAAGGUGGAGGGUUCAUACACACGUUUGUGUUCAUUUAUCCUCAUCUGUGCAUUCGUUUUGCCUAAUGGACACCUGUUUGCAAGCCAGUUCCCCCAGUGCCAUGUAUCCUUGUACAUCAUAUUCCUUAAUAUUUGCAUUUUUGUACGCACCUUUUCCUAAGAAGUCUUCAACAUCUCUGUGCUGUGCUGUCCAUUUAAUGUUCCAUAGAGUGAGUUGGGAAACUGGAAAAGUCUAGAGGAAACAUUUCUUCCUUUCUCUCCUCUCAGCCAUUCUUUCCCUUUUGAACCCUCUGCUUUCCUUCCUCUCAGGUAAUCUACUGUACUCAAUAGUUCUGAAAGAGGAACGAAACAACUUAAUUAAAUCAUUUGUAGGCUUUAUAUAUUCAUCUCCAAGUAUUUUCUUCUUAUGCUCAAGGUAUGUAAAUGUAAACUAUGCUUGGCUGUUUAACUGAUUCAACUGAAGAGCAGAGAGUUAAUUAUUGCUCUGCCUAAAAUUGCUAAUAAUGUCCCUCUCUGAAUUUUGUGCACCUGAUUCAAUGAUGUGACUAUUAAAUGUUUGUU